AUGUGGAACGAAGGGGUUCACAAUCUGAUGCUCGACACACGGGAUCGCUUCUCUUCAAGUCAUUCCGCUCGAAUUGAGCGAUUUAUCGCUAAGCACUUCUACAAUCUCGUCACUCCUGGAACUGAGUUUGUGGCAAGAAAGCAUAUGAAGCCAUUUGUGCAAACCUCGCUACAGUACAAAGUUUCCUCACGGCAGCUACAAGAAGUCACUGAGGAUCAGAUGAAUCUCUUGCAAUUCACAAAAGCUACAAAAAAUUUUAUACAUUCACAUACACUUUUUACAUCGAGAUUUGCUGAACUAUCUCAAGAUGGCACCACUAUCACCUUUGAUGGUUUUAUGCGGUUUCUUGAAUUGAUGCAAAGGGAUGAUAUGAUCUCAAAUCGAGCACGGGUCGUAGAUUUUUUAAAAAGAUUUUUAAAUAUAGACGAGUAUCUCAACGAAACGUUACCUGAAGAACCUUCUCUUUCUGUUAUGGAGUUCUGUGAUUUUCUCUUCUCUCGCGAAAACUCAAUCUGGGAUUCAAUGAACGAGAAGGUUAUUCAUGAUAUGACCAGGCCUCUCUCGCACUACUGGAUAGCCAGCAGUCACAACACGUACUUGACGGGAGAUCAACUGCGUUCGGAGUCCUCGCUAGAUUCGUACGCUCAGGCUCUACUCUUAGGUUGUCGUUGUAUAGAG